AUUAUAUCAAUAUAAAUGGGUACUUGUUAGUUAUAAAAUUGCAGAUGUGUAUGCUAAUAGAAUAGAUUGGCAUGUCAAUGUGGAAGUUAAAAUACAAUUUUAUUAGAAGAAUAGUCAAGAGAGAUUCGUAAAAGAAUAGGUUAAGAUUAAAUGGUAAAAUAGUUAGUUCUAUGUAGAAAAGAUCAAAUAGAUUUUAAAAUAAUAAAAGUAAGACAGGGUCUCCUAAUUAAUCAAAUUCAAGUGAUUCUUUGAAUAAGACUAAAUUUUCUACAAAUCUAAAAGCAUCAAAUCGAUCUCCUAAUUCAACUGAAAGGUAUUUAAUGUCUGAAGAAUGUAAUAUUGCAACUGAAAGUAGUCAAUAAAAGAAAAUUAGAAAACCUAAGAUUAGAAAUUUAAAAUUUAAUAGAUGCAUAACCUACUUUGAUUAAGCAGUUGUUGUCUUUAAAUUUUAAGAAAUCAUUGAUUAACCUUAAAGUUAAAAAGAAAUUAAAAUUGAUUCUCCAUAAUUUUAAACUCUUAAAAAUAAUUUAGAAAAUAAAUAAACUUUAGAUUAAAUUUAAUCAUUUAAAGAUCCAACAAUAACAAUGAAAACACCUACAACUACUGGAGCAGAAUUAUCUAAUGUCGCUAUUUAAUCUGCUCCAUUUUUUAUUCAAUAACCAUCAAUUUCUAGAGAAAGUUCUCCUUUACAAUUAUCACAUCCUAUAACUCAAGUUAGUAUUGAACCAAAUAUAAACAAAUAAUCUUUGUCAGUAAUCACAGAACAAUAAUAAUUAAAAAAUAGAUCACAUACUGCAGAAUUAUCAGAUGAUCAAAAAAGUAUUACUCCAAGAAGUGCCUUAAAAUUACAAUAAAAAAAUAAUGAUUCUUUUAGAACUUAGUAACAAGAAAAACGUAAAGUAAGAUUUGAUCUUCCAAAUUCACAUUACAUCAAAGAGAGAAUAAAACAAUAACAAAGGUUUUUCAAUUGA